GUCCCAGUUAAGUAGGGCUGAGAUAGGAGAAUCGCUUGAGCCCAGGAGUUCCAGGCUGCAGUGAGCCAUGGUCGUGCCACUGCACUACAGCCUGGCCAAAAAAGCAAGACCCUGUUUCAAAAAGAGAAAAGGAAAAAGUUAACAUUAAGAACUUCCUUCAUCAAGACACCAAGAGAGUAAGAAAACCCACAGAGUAGGAAAAGAGAUUUGUAACACACAUCUCCAACAAAGGACCCGCCCUGAGAACACGGAACUCGCAAAAAAUUAGCAACACUUCCGCUCGAGCCUGGACGGAACUUCCUGUCACAGAGAAGAACAUCCGGCAGAAUUUCCUGUUAGGAGCACUCUCCGGCACGGAGAAAUGGAGGCCGAAAGGCUGCGACUCCUCGAGGAAGAGGCGAAGCAGAAAAAGGUAGCCAGAAUGGGAUUUAAUGCAUCUUCCAUGCUCCGAAAAAGCCAGCUAGGUUUCCUUAACGUUACCAGUUAUUCCCGUUUAGCCAACGAGCUGCGUGUGAGCUGCAUGCAGAGGAAAAAGGUUCAAAUUCGGAGCUUGGAUCUCUCCUCUUUGGAGAGCAACCGAUUUAACUUCAUCCUGGCGAGUACCAACAGCGACCAGCUCUUCGUAGUGAACCAGGUGGAAGUCGAAGGCUCCAAGUACGGCAUCAUCAGCUUGCGAACGCUGAAGAUCCCUUCGUUCCACGUGUACGUGCUCAGAAACCUGUUCGUCCCCAACCGGAAAGUGAAGUCCCUGUGCUGGGCCUCGCUGAACCAGUUGGACUCUCACGUUCUGCUGUGCUUUGAGGGAAUCAGAGAAGCUCCAAGCUGUGCCGUGCUGCUCCCAGCGUCGCGCUUCUUAAAUGUCUACGCCAGUAGAGUAAACCAGCCUGGGAUGCUCUGCAGUUUCCAGAUCCCUGCGGCCUGGUCCUGUGCCUGGUCCCUGAACUUCCAGGCAUAUCACUGCUUUAGUGCCGGCGUGUCUCAGCAGGUCCUGUUGACCAACGUGGCGACGGGACACCAGCAGUCAUUUGGUGCCAGCAGUGAUGUCUUGGCCCAGCAGUUUGCCAUUACGGCCCCUUUGCUGUUCAAUGGCUGUCGCUCCGGGGAGAUCUUUGCUAUUGAUCUGCGUUGUAGAAAUCGAGGCAAGGGGUGGAAGGCCACUCGCCUGUUCCAUGACUCAGCAGUGACCUCUAUGCAAAUCCUCCAAGAAGAGCAAUGCCUCAUGGCGUCGGACAUGACUGGAAAGAUCAAGCUGUGGGACCUGAGGGCCACUAAAUGUAUAAGGGAAUAUGAAGGUCAUGUGAAUGAGUCCGCAUAUCUGCCCCUGCAUGUGCACGAGGAAGAGGGAAUCGUGGUGGCAGUAGGCCAGGACUGCUACACGAGAAUCUGGAGCCUUCAUGAUGCCCACCUGCUCAGAACCAUCCCCUCCCCAUACCCCGCCUCCGAGGACGACAUUCCCAGCGUGGCCUUCGCUUCUCGGCUUGGGGGCAUCCGGGGAGCGGCACCAGGGCUGCUCAUGGCUGUCCAGCAGGACCUUUAUUGUUUCCCCUUCAGCUAAUUCUGCAGGUGGCAGCAUGGCCGAAUGUGAAUUUGACUUAAAGAAGUUGAAUAUCUUAUUACCAUUUUUGUGAGAGCAUUUUAAGAGACGUGGUGUAUAUAGAUCCCAUCCAUCCGGCUGCCAGGGGUAAGGUGUUAAGAGUUUUAUAUGGUGACAUUUCUGUAAAGUUAUUUCAGUUAAGCUCUGGAUUUAGCUUGAAAGUCCUUCCCAUAAAAGGUACCUAUUUCUUCUUGUUGAAUACCUCAGAAUAGUUGCCCCCCCCUUUUUUUUUAAUAAAUAAUAAAAGACUUUUCUAAGGACUGAAGAUUGGCAAAAACCAAAUUAAAGCUGCUGCUUUCACUAGUAACUCUUUAGAGAAGCAUAAUGAUGGAACUGGUAAGACUUUUUGACUAGUCGUACUGGGGUCCGAAGUAUCUGUGCUUGAGAAAGCCAGUGGGAGAAGAGACAAAGGAGAGGUCAUCUCUUCGAGUCUCUACAGAAAUAUUUAAGGCUGGAGCUUGGAAUCAUUAAAUUUGGCCUUCUGAAACUCAAUAGCAGAUCUCCAAAAUUCUCCUUUUAUUAUAUAUAAGCAUUGGAAGGAAAGAUGGAUCUUUUAAAAUACUAAACAGUCCUUCAUGUGCUUUUGUUGAGGCCCUUCUCAGAAUGUAAGGUACAGCAGUUCCAGUUUCUAUUAUGGUGACUUGAAUUUCAGAUUCAAGGACCCCGCUGUCAAAAGGGCUUUGACGUUUUGUAAUCUAGGAGCAGCAGUUUGUGAGAGGUUUAUUAAAAAUGUUAAAAAGCUUGUUUUUCUACCAAGCAAGGAAGAAAAAAAAAUGUGUAAUAAUGUUUGUUGCUACUUCUUAAUAGCUAAAGCCUUGAAAUGAUGUGAAUUUCCAAAAUGCUAAAAUUUGUACUAUAAUCAUGCAAUUGGAUACUGCAUAAUAAUGGAAAAUAAGGCACAAUUGCUAUGCAAAACAGUAUGGAUCACUCGCAACAUGUUGAUUGAAAUUAGGUAGAAAUG